AUGGAGUUCAGCUUCCAAGAGGGAGGAUUUGCUACACUGGACAGAACACUUGGAAUGGAUUCCAUCGUUCUUAGAGGAGGGGACUGUAGGCCAAUGCUAGGAGCCAUGGGUCAGGACCCGUUCAUCGAUGAUGAUGAUGGAGCUCCACAGAUUCUGUUAGGAACACCAAGAAGGAACCAGAAUUGCAAUCAGGCAGAUGUAGAAAUCAAUUGUAAUGUUUUUCACCCUCAAAUUGGAGAAAGACGAGCCAUGAUGGGGAUAAUGUUCAAGGUUAUCAUGUUCCAUACACGUUCCAUUAGGCCAAAUGUCCUAAUUUUUAGUAAAGAACAGGCUGAGGCGCUUUGGAACUCCAAACUUGAGUGUCCUAAGAACUUCAAGGUUCUGGUUUCAGAAAUGGAGUAUGCUGCUCCAACUGGUUCACUUGUUCUAGAGGAGAAAGAAUGCCUUCCUUGGGAAGCAUCUGAUGUGGUUGAUCCAUUAACGGGGAAGAACGCUAGACUGUUGAAGGAUUUGAAAGACAAGGUUGAAGACCAUGAAUCCAUUGAUUUAAAGAAGCAAUCUGUGCCUCCUGCCUUGUCUAGCAAGCCAUCUCGUGAUGCGAAGUCAGAGGAACCAUGUUUAGAAACUAGUAGUAUUGAACAUGGAGGCGGGAUGUGUGUUUCUUCUAUCAAAGUGCCUGCUCCGUCGAAGAAUAUAUGUUCUCCAAGAAUCCCUCAAACUCCAGUUUCUAUGAGGUAUCCUAAUGUAUCAGCAUACUUGGGCCUUGGCAUUACAGCAUUGUUACACGAUCAUGCUUCAUCUACUGCAACUGAUGAAUCUGCGCAUUUAAGUCCAGCAGCCAUAGCUGUUUCCUCUCACGUUAGAAAUGUCAGGAAACCUGUUCACCUCAGUGCCACAUUUGAUGUGAAGCUACUACCUCAACCUUCAUCCCAAUCUCAUCAUGAUUCUACAAACAAUGGAACUUCUUCUGAAGCUAAGAAAUCACCAAUUCCUCCUCCACCGCCUUUACCUCAGUUACCCUUGGCUAGAAAUUCACCUGUCAGAACAGUCAAAGCAAAGCCAACCAACAAAGCUGCAACAUGCAAUGAUCCACCUCUUCCUCCUCCUUUACCACCUUUGCUUGCUAAGCAGGUAAAGUCACCACCAUCUAAACGACAGCCAGAUCCUCCUUCUCCUCCACCUCCUCCACCAUCUACUUUACCAAAAGUAACCCUACCACCACCACCUGUUCCUCCUGCGAAAGGAAUACUUACAAACAGGAAUGUGCCUCUAGUUCCUGGGCCACCACGAGCAGGGUUGAUGCCACGGUCAAGAAUUCAAGCUCAACCGAGAAGGUCCAGCCUGAAACCAUAUCAUUGGCUGAAAUUGACUAGAGCAACUCAGGGGAGCAUAUGGGCUGAGGCUCAGAAGUACCCUCAUGACACAUCCUUGGCUCCUGAAUUUGAUAUAUCAGAACUUGAGAGCCUGUUUUCAGCAGCUGCUACUCCAAGUUCUGAGAUGAAAGGCAUUGGAGCCAAAUCAAAGCGUCGUGUACGGAAAUCUGAGAAAGUUCAACUGAUUGAGCUUAGACGUGCAUACAACUGUGAGAUCAUGCUGACAAAAGUUAAGAUUCCUCUCCAUGAUCUGAUGAGUUCAAUUCUUGCGUUGGAUGAUUCAGUAUUGGAUGUUGAUCAAGUUGAUAGCCUUGUUAAGUUUUGUCCAACUAAAGAAGAAAUGGAAUUGCUCAAGGGCUAUAAAGGGGACAAGGAAAGCUUGGGGAAAUGUGAAAUGUUCUUCUUGGAACUAAUGAAAGUGCCACGGGUAGAGUCCAAGUUAAGGGUGUUUUCAUUCAAGAUGCAGUUCUCCCAGCAGGUUUCUGACCUAAAGAGAAACUUGAAUGUUGUUAAUUCAGCAGCCGAAGAGGCAAGUUUUCUUCUUCUUACUUUCUGUUAUGUGUUUUUUAUUGUUUUUUCAUCUCCGAAUUUUUUUCAACUUACAAAACACCAUGAACAAUAUGUAAUCACACAGAUAAGAAGUUCAGUAAAGUUAAAAAGGAUCAUGCAAUCUGUUCUCUCCCUUGGAAAUGCCGUGAACCAAGGAACUGCAAGGGGUUCUGCUGUUGGCUUUCGGUUAGACAGUCUCCUCAAACUCACGGAUACUCGAUCCAGGGACAACAAGAUGACCCUCAUGCACUAUCUUUGUAAGAUACAACUGAAAUAUUUAGCCGAGGAGAUGCAAGCCAUUAGCAAAGGUCUGGAGAAAGUUCUACAAGAGUUGGCAGCCUCAGAGAAGAAUGAUGGUGAAGUGUCAGAAUACUUCUGUAAGAUCAUGAGGGCAUUCCUGAGCUGCGCAGAAAGAGAAGUGAAGUCCUUGAGCUCACUCUAUUCCAGUGUCGGUAGAAAUGUAGAUGCAUUGGCUGUAUAUUUCGGCGAAGAUCCAGCCCGCUGCCCUUUUGAGCAAGUCGUCUCUACUCUGAUGAAUUUCGAGAAGAUCUUUGCUCGAGCACACCAGGAAAACAUCAAGCGUGUCGAACUCGAGAGGCGAAAGGCAGAGAAGGAAGCUGAAAAGCAAAGGAGUAACACCAUCAAUGGUGAUUCCAGAAGGGAGCCUGCUGUAGAUUUCUUGCAAUCUAUUAGGAGUAGGUAUAUAAGAUGAAUAGACAAUCCUUUACAAGGAUAUAAGUGGACAUUUCCACGUAGAUCGCUCAGAAGCUACUAAUCCUGGUCCAACAAGGAAAAACCACAUGUUGUAAAUUUGUAUAUGGGCCUGCGGUAAAGAGUAAUGGGCCAACUCGCUAGGCCCAAUUUUAAUCUAUCUUUACGUAUUUUUCAAUGGGCCGACGCUCCAUUCUUAUUUAUCAAAGCCCAAAGGCUACAAUCACCGGGCAAUCUCGUAAAAAUAGUCUCUU